CAGUUUGCGGUAAGGUAUUACAUAUACAUUAAGCUAUCUUUGAAUCCUUUUGAGUGUACCAUGCUGUUUUCCUGGCGAGGAGGCCCCGGAGCCCUGAGUUUUCUCCAGUCGCUUCUGCUGCUCACAGCCUGGGAGGCUGGGAGCGGCCAGAUCCACUACUCGGUCCUGGAAGAGGCCAAACACGGCACUUUCGUGGGCCGAAUCGCACAGGACCUGGGGCUGGAGCUGGCAGAGCUGGUGCGACGCCAAUUCCGGGUGGUGUCCAAAGGCCGCGGGGACCUACUGGAGGUAAAUCUGCAGAAUGGAAUUUUGUUUGUGAAUUCUCGGAUCGACCGGGAGGCGUUGUGCGGGCGGAACGCGGAGUGCAGCAUCCACCUGGAGGUGAUCGUGGACAGGCCGCUGCAGGUUUUCCAUGUGGAGGUGGAGGUUAAAGAUAUUAACGACAACCCGCCUGUGUUCCCUGAAAGUAAGAAAAGAAUAAUCAUUGCGGAAUCUAGACCCCCAGAAACUCGGUUUCCACUAGAUGGCGCAUCCGAUGCAGAUAUUGGAGUAAACUCAGCCUUGACCUACCGAAUCGAUCCCAACGACUAUUUCGCUUUGGACACACAAAACAAUCGUGAACAAACGUCUUCGUUGUCACUUGUGUUGAGAAAAUCACUGGACAGAGAGCAAAUUCAGGAGCAUAGUUUAUUAUUGACAGCCAAUGAUGGGGGUAAACCGGAGAUGACCGGCACAGUUCAGCUGCUGAUCGAAAUUCUGGAUGUGAAUGACAAUGCCCCAGAAUUUGACCAAUUCAUUUAUAAAGUGACGGUAUUAGAGAACGCAUUUAAUGGUACAUUAGUGAUCAAGCUAAAUGCCACAGAUCUUGAUGAUGGUGCGAAUGGAGACAUAAGCUACUCAUUUAGAAGGCCUGUAUCUCCUGCAGUGCUGAAUGCAUUUAUCAUAAAUCCUAACAGUGGAGAAAUUAGAACAAAGGGUAAACUAGAUUUCGAAGAAAAGAAAUUGUACGAAAUAUCGGUGGAGGCAAUAGACAAGGGGAAUAUUCCAAUGGCAGGUCAUUGUACCAUUUUUGUGGAAGUACUAGAUAUAAACGAUAAUAUCCCACAUAUUACCAUCACUUCUCUGUCACUCCCGGUACGAGAGGAUGUUCAGGUGGGCACUGUCAUCGCCUUGAUCAGCGUGUCCGACCGUGACUCUGGCGCCAACGGGCAGGUGACCUGCUCACUAACACCCCAUGUCCCCUUCAAGCUGGUGUCCACCUUCAAGAAUUACUAUUCGCUGGUGCUGGACAGCGCCCUGGACCGCGACAGCGUGUCGGACUAUACUGUAGUGGUGACCGCACGGGACGGGGGCUCGCCUUCGCUGUCGGCCACGGCCAGCGUGUCCGUGGAAGUGGCCGACGUGAACGACAACGCGCCGACAUUCGCGCAGGCCGAGUACACGGUGUUCGUGAAGGAGAACAACCCUCCCGGCUGCCACAUCUUCACGGUGUCCGCGCGGGACGCGGACGCGCAGGAGAACGCGCUGGUGUCCUACUCGCUGGUGGAGCGGCGGGUGGGCGAGCGUGCGCUGUCGAGCUACGUGUCGGUGCACGCGGAGAGCGGCAAGGUGUACGCGCUGCAGCCGCUGGACCACGAGGAGCUGGAGCUGCUGCAGUUCCAAGUGAGCGCGCGCGACGCGGGCGUGCCCCCGCUGGGCAGCAACGUGACGCUGCAGGUGUUCGUGCUGGACGAGAACGACAACGCGCCCGCGCUGCUGCCGUGCCUGGCGGGCGGCGCGGGCGGCGCCGUGAGCGAGCUGGUGUGGCGGUCGGUGGGCGCGGGCCACGUGGUGGCGAAGGUGCGCGCGGUGGACGCGGACUCGGGCUACAACGCGUGGCUGUCGUACGAGCUGCAGCCGGCGGUGGCCGCGCAGCCCUUCCGCGUGGCGCUGUACACGGGCGAGAUCAGCACGACGCGCAGCCUGGACGAGGCGGACUCGCCGCGCCAGCGCCUGCUGGUGCUGGUGAGGGACCACGGCGAGCCGGCGCUGACGGCCACGGCCACCGUGCUGCUGUCGCUGGUGGAGAGCGGCCAGGCGCCCAAGGCCUCGUCGCGGGUGUUGGCGGGCGCCGCUGGCGCGGAGACGGCGCUGGUGGAUGUCAACGUGUACCUGAUCAUCGCCAUCUGCGCCGUGUCCAGCCUGCUGGUGCUCACGCUGCUGCUGUACGUGGCGCUGCGGUGCUCGGCGCCGCCCAGCGAGGGCGCGUGCGGGCCGGCGGGGAAGCCCACGCUGGUGUGUUCCAGCGCGGUGGGGAGCUGGUCGUACUCGCAGCAGAGGCGGCAGAGGGUGUGUUCUGGUGAGGGUCCGCCCAAGACCGACCUCAUGGCCUUUAGCCCCAGCCUUCCUCCGUGUCUGAGUUCUACAGAGGGAACAGGUGAAGGAGAAGCUGAUUCAGAACGUUUGAAAGAGCUUCGAAGGCGUGGUCAUUCAGGGUCGCGAUUCCACCUCUCGCCGCCUCCGCCCCGCGAUUUCUCUGGGAGUUCCGAUCUCUUCGCCGGCACUGGAGGGUUCCGUGGGUCCGAGCGCCCGAAACUGGACGCUCCCCUGUGA